UCUACGAAAAUUACUUCUCUCUAUCUCGGAGUGUUGUUUUCCUCUCGAGUCAUCGAAACCCUAGCUGCCCUUCUCCAUAUCGGAAGCAGAGAAAUCUCCGGCGAAGAUGGCAGGUGGCUUGGAUAUGUCACUUGAUGAUCUCAUCAAAUCUAAUCGAAAACCCACGGGAUCUCGCGGCCGAGGCAACGGUGGUUCUAGUAGAUUCGGCGGUGGCUCCGGUCCGUCUCGACGAUUUUCUAACAGAGUAGGGAACAGAACGGCGCCGUAUUCAAGGCCGUUACAACAACAGCAAGCUCAAGACCCAAUGUGGCAAAACGACGUUUUCGCUACUGAUGAGAGUGUGGCGGCGGCUUUUGGGCAUCAGUCUGGAGGCUUUGGAAGCGUCGUCGGAGGAUCUUCAAUCGAGACUGGGACGAAGCUCUACAUCUCCAAUUUAGACUAUGGUGUCUCCAACGAGGAUAUCAAGGAGCUCUUCUCAGAGGUUGGUGACCUUAAGCGUUAUGGUCUUCACUAUGAUAAGAGUGGAAGAUCCAAGGGUACUGCUGAGGUUGUUUUUUCACGGCGUGGUGAUGCCUUGGCUGCUGUCAAGCGUUACAACAAUGUUCAGUUGGAUGGGAAGCUGAUGAAGAUUGAGAUCGUUGGAACAAAUCUUUCUGCUCCAACGCCUACUACACCUCUUGCUCCAGUUCAGUUUCCCUUUCCUUCGAAUGGGAUACUUGGCAACUUCAAUGAGAACUACAAUGGAGGCUUCAAUGGGAACUUCAGGGGAAGAGGUGGUUUUACGGGGCGGCCUCGUGGUGGUUUAGGCGGUGGUAAUUUCCGAGGUGGUAGAGGAGGCAGGGGAGGUAGAGGAGGCCGUGGCAGUGGAAGAGGACGUGAUGAAAAGGUAUCUGCAGAGGAUCUUGAUGCUGAAUUGGACAAGUAUCACAAAGCAGCAAUGGAAACAAGCUAAGAGAAGCGACUAAGUUGAUCGCAAUGUAUUCCUUUAGUGCAUGAUAAUGCUUUUGUAUCUGAGUUUAGCUUUGUUCUUUUCUUCUCUUUGUGAGCGUUUCAGAGAAACCAGUACUGUGUGUCCUGAGGAAUUGAAAUCCUUAUCAAGUUAAGUUCGAUAUGGUUGCAAUGUUAAUUUUGGAUAA